AUGGGUUGUCUGGCAUGCGAUGUGAACAAAAAUAUACGCUACUAUUCAGACGUUCCAAAGAAACUUGAUUAUAGCCUCUCCUCUUCACUGGAGUCAUUCAUUCUAUCUAAUGCCUUCCCAUUGAACGACGAUCAUACGCCGGUCAAGCAAUCCAUUUCGUCCUUAUUUGCCAAAGAUGCCCAUCUUAAUGACAUCCUUGCUGAGCAAGAUGAAGCUAUAGCCAAAGUUUCUCUUAUUCUCCAACAUUAUGAAGAUUCCCAUCGGCAAACAGUCUGCGAGCAGUCCCAUGUCGAAGAUCUCCUUGAGCGUCAUCGACAGGCUCGAUGA